AUGCCCUCGGCAAUUCCAAACGACCUAGCUUCUCACAUGGGUACGCCCAGGCUCAUAGACGGGCUACUGCAGCAUACCCCAAAGCCAAGACUGAAUGGACGAACAUCUAGUCCAUUUCAUUUCGCAAAGCAACAGCUUUUCAAAGUUGGUCAUCAAAAAGUAAGCAUUGAUGUGAAUUUAUCAUCCAACUCGAUUGAAGGAAUUACUGAAAUUAGUGUGAUACCAUUAUCUGCUAAGCUAAAAGUAAUCAAGUUGGAUUGUCGAGAACUAAAAGUGAAGGAAAUUUACAUAAAUGGAUCGCCAAAUGCAAAUUACAUCUAUGACGACGUGUUGUUUAUCAAUGACCCUUCUAUCACAUCCGAAGCCAUUGAAAAUAACGAAAUAAAUGUACUUGAUCUUUAUUCCGAUAAGUUUGAUAUUCACCAGCAUCACUUCAUUAAAAGGAAAUUGAAUUAUAUAUUUGGCGAACGGUAUACACCUGAAGAUGAAGAAGAAUCUGACUUUUCAGGACAAGGGACACAGGAACUCAAGAUACUACUACCGGAAAACAUCAAAUUUGAACCCACUGAUAUCAACUCCAUCACAACACCUCGUGGGAGUCAACCAAAUACCAUGACACCAACACAUUUGAAAUCUAAACAUACCAUUAGCGAAGUGUAUAAACCGAUUCAAAUCAAAAUAGUCUAUGAGUUAAAGAAUCCUAAAAAUGGUGUCAACUUCAUCACAAAUGACGAUAUCGAAAAGAAACUAUGGCAUGCAUACACGACGAACUCAGAGUAUAACGUUUCCACUUCUUCGUGGGUUCCUUGUCUCGACAACUUCAAUAAUCGAUGUACAUGGUCAUUGGAUGUAAGUGUCCCACGAACAUUGAAAGAUAUUGGCAACCCAAGGAUAAUUGGCUCGAAAGAAGCUAUCGCUUAUCAAAAGCGUACUAAAAACACACUUUCAACUGAUGGAAACGAACUUGAGAAUGAGGAUGGGGAAGAUGAUGAGGACAACCCUGACUUGAUUGUAUGCUCUGCUGAUACAAACAAUGUUAAAGAAGCACCACAUCCAAUUGACUUGUCCAAAAAAGUGGUAUCGUGGUCUAUCUUCAAUCCAGUAUCUGCACACCAUAUUGGUUGGGCGUUGGGAUUUUUUGAAAGUAUAAUUUUGAAUGAUGGAUCACAAACUGCUGAAGGCGAUGAAAUCAACUCCAUGGACGUUGAUGACGAAUACAAUGACAAGGAUAGUUCGAGCUCUCUGGUGACGAUAUAUGCAUUACCCUCCGACAUGGAACUAGCCAAAAAUACUUGUCUUGUUGCAAGCAGAGCAUUGAGCUAUUAUCUGAGUGAAUUUGGUUCUUACCCAUUCAGUUCUUAUGUGAUCGUAUUUGUCAAAUUUUCACCUGUGAAAAGCAAUGGAUUUGCUGGAUUAUCGAUCUUGUCGACGUCAUUACUUUAUCCUCCCAAUUUGAUAGAACCCAUGUUUAUUUCAACAGACAUCUUGUUAACCAGUAUAGCCGCUCAGUGGUCUGGAAUCAACAUUGCUCCUCAUUCAUUUGACGAUAUUUGGUGUACCCUGGGUAUAGCUGGUUUCAUGGCGAUCUCCUUUGUUCAAAAACUAAUGGGAACAAAUGAGUUCAGGUUCAAGGUCAAGGAACUAGUGCAAACUAUAGUUGAACAGGAUGUUGACAAGAGACCUAUAGCUCAUCCGUUUUUAAAGUUCCCUGUAUCUGAUUUGGACUUGGAAUUUAUAAGAUUGAAAUCCCAGAUUGUUUUCUUUAUAUUGGACAACAGAAUGACAAAGACGGACAAAUCAUUUGGUUUGUCAAGGGUCAUUCCCAAACUUUUUUUGCAAGCAUUAUCGGGAGAUUUACCCAAUGGAACCUUGAGCACCGAUCAUUUUCAGUACGUUUGUGAAAAGGUGAAUCGAAAUAAAUUGGACAGUUUUUUCAAGCAAUGGGUUUUUGGUUCUGGUGCUCCAAGCUUUAAAAUUAGCCAACGUUUCAACAAGAAGAAAGGGAUGAUCGAAAUGACCAUAAGACAAGUACAGCAUCAUGAAAAUAAAACAGUGCGAUUAAACGCCGAGUCGUUUAUAGAUGAUGCGUUAUGCUUCAUUAAUAAGGAGCCUCUUCCACAGAGACAAAAUGUGUUUACCGGUCCUAUGAAUAUAAGGGUCCAUGAGUCCGACGGUACUCCAUACGAGCACAUUAUCCACAUCAAAGAGGUGAAAACCACCAUAGAUAUUCUGCUAUCCAAAAAGGUUCGAAAGAUUAAGAAGAAAGAUGAAGGAGUAGAUCCUGGGAUUAAUUUUAAUCAGUUUGGAGAUAUUCUCAUCAGUGAAGAAGACAAGAGAAAAUGGGAGUUGCAAGACUGGGAAAGUAGGGAUGAGGACUCUUUGGGUGCUGAGCCGUUUGAAUGGAUACGAGGUGACAUUGAUUUUGAAUGGAUUGCCAAAAUUGAAGUAUUGCAACCAGAUUUCAUGUAUGGGUCCCAGCUUGUUUACGAUAGAGAUGUUGAAGCACAGUUUGAUGCUUUGCGGUACUUUGGUAACCUUGAGAAACCUUCUGUCAUUUAUUGCACAGCACUUGUUCGUACAUUUUUGGAUGAGCGGUAUUUCUACCGUAUAAGAAUUGCAGCCGCAGAAGCACUUGCUACGUGUUCCAAUGCUUCAAACGACUUUAUUGGAAUGAAGUAUCUAAUUAAAGCAUACAAACACUUGUAUUGUUUCCCAGACAGCUCAAUACCCAAAGCAAAUGAUUUCAAUGAUUUCAAAUUAUUUUUAAUUCAAAGAGCGGUUCCUGGAAUUUUGUGCCGAAUCACAGAUGAUGAAGGCAGAGUUCCCAAGGAUGUGCAGGAUCUUUUAUUCAACUUUGUAAAGUUCAACGAUAACGCAAUGAAUGACUAUCAAGACACUUUAUAUUUAUCUGAUCUCAUCAAGGCGUUAACAACUAGUGCUAUAAGUGGAUGGCGUAAGGAUACUGCAGAAGGAAAUAACCAGGAAUUUGCUCAUAAAGUUAACGCGGAAAUUACUCGGUUACAAAAACUUGAUGAAUGGAGACCUUCUUAUCAAAGAAUACUACAGACUACGUGUUUCAAAUCGAGAGUGCAGAUGGCUCUAUAUGGAGCAAUCACCCUUUCGCUAGAAGAGAUGAUGAUGGCCACGGUGGACAAGUUCCCUAUGGAUUUACGUGCUGAAGCAUUCAAGGGACUUUUGUUACUCAGUGGCUUCCGCUCGACACCUAUUCUUGAAUAUUUUCUUAAAGUGUGUUUGUUGUACUUUCAUCGUCCUUUGUACACAAGGAAACUCGUUGGUGUGCUACUUGAGUCGAUUACAAUGAUAGCACUUGAAGGAAGCUUUGUCCCAGUCAAAGAGUCGCCUGAUGAUAAUCGUCAACCUGGUUUAGUGCUGACAAGCAUGAUCAUUAUUGAUGAGGGAGCCAAUUCAGACAUGAAGGCAAGGCAUGAUUUGCAUGCUAGAGCCACUUUGAAGGGGGCUAUAGAUUUAUUGAGGCGUGAUUAUUCAAAUAUUGGAAGUUUAAAGCAUGUGUUCUGGACAUUUUUGCAUUCAGCUUUGUUGAGCAAUUUUGUCAAGCGCAAUUUAUUUUUGAUGGCCGAAAUCCUUUACGAAGAACGAGACACCCUUAUAGUUAAGCUACCUGUACCAAGUUUGCCAAUAGCAGAGUUCAAGAAGAAGGUUGUUGCGAGAAAUUUGGGAGAUGGACAAGUUGUUUUAAGAAGGGAAGGUAGGUUUAAAAUUCAAUUGAUAUCACGUAAACCGCUGAGUCAUCCACCUAAUCGAAAGACUCAUAAAUCUGAGGAAACAAAUAAGCCAAAGCCCUCCUUGAGAAUAUCCUUCAAAUUGCAACAAGACAGGCUUUUUGAAAGAAAUGAGAAGGAAACAUCAAUCAAUGAGAAAUAUGUGCCACGAUCAUCGUCUUUAGUGAAAUUCGAUCCCUCAUCCCAUUCUCGUGUACUGAUCAAAUUACCUACUCACGUUUUGAAAACCAUUGCCAGUAAGCCAAUUGUUAUAAACCAAGAAUCGUUGGUGUCUGUAAAAGGAACAAUAGUCAAGAUCAACUUCAAGAAACACUCAAAAGAUAAACAGACUGCACAAAACGUACAUACGGUUUAA